GGUUCGGUGAGUGGCGGCGGGAAGCUGGGGGAGGGGUGAGGAUGGAGGGAGCCUGGUCCAGGAGACUGUGUCGGACCCGGUCCGCCGGCCCGGGCUGGACUGGGCGGAAGCGGGAAGCACUGUGGGGCCGGCGCCUUUUCCUCUGCCCCGCCCCCUGGGACCACCUCCCCUCCCCCCUGCUGUCCGGCGGCCGCGCUGUGGCCGCCGGUGGCCGUUAGGCUACCUGAGGCCGUUCCUUCUGGUCUCUCUCUCCUGGGCCGCGGAGAGACCGUUUCCCUGCCGUUACAGCAGGCCCCAUCCCAGCGCCCAGCCGUACUUGGGGAAAGGCCGGUUGCGAUUACAGGGCUUUCCCGCCAGAGCAGGGUCUUCUCUGGGGAGAGCUGUUUUCACCGGGAAGCUCGGCUUUCUGUGGUACCGGCUUCAUCUCCCGCCUUCCUUGAGACCCGAGUGAUAUUUCCUGACUACUUCUGCGUCUCACGUAAACAUUUCUCCAACUCUCCUACUCUGUGGUAUCUCCCUGAGAUGUGAUAUCGCUAGUGCCACCACCAGAAAGAAACGUCUGGACCCUCCUGCUCAGGUUAUGAAAAUCCCCUUAACUGCCACAAUUUGCUUACCUGGCUCAUCGCCUCCUGGACUUUGUAUCUUUGCUAAAGUCAGUGAUGUGAAAAGACUUGAAAUGGAUGAUAUUGCUGAUAGGAUGAGGAUGGAUGCUGGAGAAGUGACUUUAGUGAACCACAACUCCGUAUUCAAAACCCACCUCCUGCCACAAACAGGUUUUCCAGAGGACCAGCUUUCACUUUCUGACCAGCAGAUUUUAUCUUCCAGGCAAGGACAUUUGGACCGAUCUUUUACAUGUUCCACAAGAAGCGCAGCUUAUAAUCCAAGCUAUUACUCAGAUAAUCCUUCCUCAGACAGUUUUCUUGGCUCAGGCGAUUUAAGAACCUUUGGCCAGAGUGCAAAUGGCCAAUGGAGAAAUUCUACUCCAUCAUCAAGCUCAUCUUUACAAAAAUCAAGAAACAGCCGAAGUCUUUACCUCGAAACCCGAAAGAUCUCAAGUGGAUUAUCAAACAUUUUUGUGGGAAAGUCAAACCAUCACUGCCAUGUAUCUGCAUAUGAAAAAUCUUUUCCUAUUAAACCUGUUCCAAGUCCAUCUUGGAGUGGUUCAUGUCGUCGAAGUCUUUUGAGCCCCAAGAAAACUCAGAGGCGACAUGUUAGUACAGCAGAAGAGACAGUUCAAGAAGAAGAAAGAGAGAUUUACAGACAGCUGCUACAGAUGGUCACAGGAAAACAGUUUACUAUAGCCAAACCCACCACACAUUUUCCUUUACACCUGUCUCGAUGUCUUAGUUCCAGUAAAAAUACUUUGAAAGACUCACUGUUUAAAAAUGGAAACUCUUGUGCAUCUCAGAUCAUUGGCUCUGAUACUUCAUCAUCUGGAUCUGCCAGCAUUUUAACUAACCAGGAACAGCUGUCCCACAGUGUAUAUUCCCUGUCUUCUUAUACCCCAGAUGUUGUUGCAUUUGGAUCCAAAGAUUCUGGUACUCUUCAUCAACCCCAUCAUCACCACUCUGUUCCACAUCAGCCAGAUAACUUAGCAGCUUCAAAUACACAAUCUGAAGGAUCAGACUCUGUGAUUUUACUGAAAGUGAAAGAUUCCCAGACUCCAACUCCCAGUUCUACUUUCUUCCAGGCAGAGCUGUGGAUCAAAGAAUUAACUAGUGUUUAUGAUUCUCGAGCACGAGAAAGAUUGCGCCAGAUUGAAGAACAGAAAGCAUUGGCCUUACAGCUUCAAAACCAGAGAUUGCAGGAGCGGGAACAUUCAGUACAUGAUUCAGUAGAACUGCAUCUUCGUGUACCUCUUGAAAAGGAGAUUCCUGUUACUGUUGCCCAAGAAACACAAAAAAAAGGUCAUAAAUUAACUGAUAGUGAAGAUGAAUUUCCUGAAAUUACAGAGGAAAUGGAGAAAGAAAUAAAGAAUGUAUUUCGUAAUGGGAAUCAGGAUGAAGUUCUCAGUGAAGCAUUUCGCCUGACCAUUACACGCAAAGAUAUUCAAACUCUAAACCAUCUGAAUUGGCUCAAUGAUGAGAUCAUUAAUUUCUACAUGAAUAUGCUGAUGGAGCGAAGUAAAGAGAAGGGCUUGCCAAGUGUGCAUGCAUUUAAUACCUUUUUCUUCACUAAAUUAAAAACAGCUGGUUAUCAGGCAGUGAAACGUUGGACAAAGAAAGUAGAUGUAUUUUCUGUUGACAUUCUUUUGGUGCCCAUUCACCUGGGAGUACACUGGUGUCUAGCUGUUGUGGACUUUAGAAAGAAGAAUAUUACCUAUUACGACUCUAUGGGUGGGAUAAACAAUGAAGCCUGCAGAAUCCUCUUGCAAUACCUAAAGCAAGAAAGCAUUGACAAGAAAAGGAAAGAGUUUGACACCAAUGGCUGGCAGCUCUUCAGCAAGAAAAGCCAGGAAAUUCCACAGCAGAUGAAUGGAAGUGACUGUGGGAUGUUUGCCUGCAAAUAUGCUGACUGUAUUACCAAAGACAGACCAAUCAACUUCACACAGCAACACAUGCCAUACUUCCGGAAGCGGAUGGUCUGGGAGAUCCUCCACCGAAAACUCUUGUGAAGACUGUCUCAGUUAGCAGACCUUGACCAUGUGGGGGACCAGCUCUUUGUUGUCUACAGCCAGAGACCUUGGAAACAGCUGCUCCCAGCCCUCUGUUCUUGUAACACCCUUGAUCCUGGACCAGGCCCUGGCGAGAUGCAUUCACAAGCACAUCUGCCUUUCCUUUUGUAUCUCAGAUACUAUUUUUGCAAAGAAACUUUGGUGCUGUGAAAGGGGUGAGGGACAUCCCUAAGCUGAAGAGAGAGACUGCUUUUCACUUCUUCAGUUCUGCCAUCUUGUUUUCAAAGGGCUCCAGCCUCACUCAGUCCCUAAUUAUGGGACUGAGAAAAGCUUGGAAAGAAUCUUGGUUUCAUAUAAAUUCUUGUUGUUAGGCCUUACUAAGAAGUAGGAAAGGGCAUGGGCAAAAGGUAGGGAUAAAAACCACCAGCAUAUACAUGGACAUACAUACACACACACACACACACACACACACACACACACACACAAUUUUCACGAUGUAUAGUCAGGAAUGUGACUGUAAACUGGACUUUGGGGCACAGGCAUAAGUCCCUUCCUCCAGGAGCUUUCCUAUUUAUAUGUCCCUAUACAAAAUCCAUCUGCUUUUAUAUGUAGCUGUUUUAUCAUCUGUAGCUUCAUCCUAUCCGGAGGCACAGCACAUGAGCCCUGGACAGGUCCCAAAGUUCCAAGCAGUCCUUUCCUUAAAAGCAGGGGUUUGCAUGUGCUACCAACACAUGAUAGGGGGGAGACCCACCCAGGGAGCGGUUUCAGUGGCGCAACAAAGCACCACUUUUACUGUUGCCUACUUCUGACCAAGAGGAAAAAGGACCUUAGUAUUUAGCAUAAAAUUCCAGCGUUGGAUGAAUGCAGGUCUAGUUUGGUCUGUGGCUAGUUUAAAUAUGUUUCUAACCACAGAGAAUUUCAUAUAUAUACAUAUAUAUACACAUACAUAUACAUAUAUAUCUAUGUAUAUGUAUAAAAUUUCACAGGGAUAUGCUUUUUUUUUUUAAAGACUGAAUGUGUUCACCAUUUAGCCUGUAGAUUUAUUUCCAUUUUCCAAAUUCCAGCACACACAGAUCCCAGCCCCUGUGAGUAGGGUGUUUGUGGACUAGCUAAUGGAAUAUUUUGAGGCCUGGAUGAACUUUGCCAUAUGGGUAGAGGUUACAGAGGGAGGUGAUAUUUUCAGCUAAAAAAAAAACGGGUGGAGUUUGGACUGAUCAACUUGAGAUUUAAAAACUGCUAUUCCUUUUGUUCUUUCUAGCAUCUGUCCCCACCCUCUGAGAGCUCCUCAGGCUUAGAUAGUGAAGUGAUCAAAUGCCAGUGUCAUUUUGUACUUAAGUUCCAAGGUAGGAACAUUUUAUACUUUUUUCUGUAUUGUAAUAGGUAGUUUUGUAUGAAAUCUUUUUCUCCUCUCCCCUUGUACCGCAUUCUUUCCAGCAUUGUGCUUUUUCCCUGGGCUUAUUUGAAAAUUUUACUGUUUUAUACAAGCUCGUUUAGUACAUUUUUCUAUGUUUUACCACAAGUUACAAUUUGAAAAGAAAACUAUUUUUUUUAAAUAUUCCAUUGUUAACUGAAUGUUACUGUUUCCACUCCAACUACAUGUCCUCCUUCAACUGCCUGCCUUUUGGGGAAAGACCACCUUUUGUGUGUUUGUUUUCUCUCUCUCUUUCUUUCCCUUUCUCUUUCUAUCUCUCUUUAUUUUUCUUUCUUUUUCUUUGUUUUUGAGUUUUCUGUAGGAAAUAAAUAGCUUUCUAUAUAUGAGUUGCUGGGGACCUUCACAUUCUCUUUUAGAAAGCUGUGGCAUGCAGUCUCAUUGCAGGACUCCUGGAAUAUUGUCUGGUUCUUGGUAUUUACUGUAUGUAAGCAACAACUUGAAAGGUGGCAAUAUGGUGUAGAUUUGGACUAUGAAUCAAAAGACCUUUUUCAGGUUCUUUCACUAUUGUCUGGGGGACUCAGAACAAGAUUGUUCUCUGUAUUUAUUGUUUGUCCAUUUAGGUAACAUCUGUCUUACCUUCCUCACAGACUUUGUACAGACCAAAGCAACAAAUAUUUAUUGCCAUGUAUAGCAGAAAAUGAAACAUGCAACAAAAGCACUUUGAAAAAUAUAUAAGGAAUUGUUGAGCCUGUCUGAAUUUGGGCCCCCUUUCUGACUAAUGCAGUUUUGCACAAGGUAGAAGUUAGUGACCCUGAGACCAUCUUACCACCCUGGACCUGGUCCAAAUACAGACUUACACAGUGGACCAUUCUUUCCUGAGCUAGCCAACAAGAGCAGAAGUAGUAUCUGGAAACUUUCCCCUUUGUUUAGGGGUAGGCUUUGAUGACCAGGAAAAAAAAAAAGGUAUUUCUGCAUUUUGUGGCCCAAAGGCAUGUUAUUAAUAUCUUAUGUAAUUUGCUUUAAACUAAAUAAGACUUUUUUUCUCCUGUCUU